AUGUCACUCGCUAAAGCCAAAGAAUUAGAUUCAAAGUAUCCAACAUACAAACAAGAGUUUGCUAUGCCAACUUUUGCAUCCCUCGGAAUCACCAACCCCGAUUUCGACCCUUACACCGAAUCAAUCUACCUUUGUGGGAAUUCACUCGGUCUUAUGCCAAAAUGUACACGUAAAGCAAUCACCGACGAAUUGGAUGCAUGGGCAGCUCGUGGAGUUGAAUCCCAUUUCAAUCAUCCUGAUAAAAGUUUGACAUCUUGGGUAGAUAUUGAUAUUCCAGUGGUACCUUUAAUGGCCCCCGUGGUUGGUGCCAAGGAUAAUGAAGUUGCUGUUAUGGGAUCAUUGACUGCUAAUUUGAAUGCAUUAUUGAUUCAUUUCUAUAAACCAAAAGGAACCAGAACUAAAGUCUUAUUUGAAAAGCAAGCUUUUCCUUCUGAUUAUUAUGCGUUUAUUAAUUUAGUUAAAUUACAUGGAUUUGAUGAAUCACAUUUAAUUCAAGUAGAAGUGAAACCGGGGGAAACAUAUCUUAAAACAGAAGAUAUUAAACAAGUUAUUGACAAAUACCAAGAUGAAUUAGCCCUUGUUUGUUUCCCAGGUAUUCAGUACUACACUGGACAGUUUUUCGAUAUGGAAGAGAUUACAAAUUAUGCAAAAUCGAAAAGUGAGGAUAUUAGAGUUGGUUGGGAUUUAGCUCAUGCUGUUGGGAAUGUUCCUUUGAAAUUACAUGAUUGGAAUGUUGAUUUUGCAGCUUGGUGUUCGUAUAAAUAUUUAAAUUCUGGUCCUGGUGGAAUGGCAGGGAUUUUUGUUCAUGAACGAUACACUCAAGGUAAUUCUAAAACUGAUUUCAAUCCUAGAUUGGCAGGAUGGUGGGGAAACAAUCCGGAAGACAGGUUUUUGAUGUUGGAAGAGUAUGAUCCUAUAAAUUCUGCUCUUUCAUAUAGGCAAUCCAACCCAUCGGUGAUUGAUACCGUGGCUGUUAGAUCAUCUUUAGAGGUUUUUAAGAAAGUCGGAGGAGUUGAGAAAUUGAGAGAAAAGAGUCUAGAAUUAACACAAUUCUUACAAGAUCUUUUAACUGAAUCUAAAUUUUAUACUCCUCAAAGUGAUCAAGAUUCUUCAAAGUUUGGAUUUAAGAUUUUAACUCCCUUGAAUCCAGAAGAAAGAGGGUGUCAAUUAUCUAUAUGUUUCCAACCUCAUAUUGAUGACAAGGCAAAGAAUGUUAUGGAAAGAGUUCAUGCUUAUUUGCAUGAUCAUGCAAUCAUAUGCGACGAAAGAAGACCAGAUGUAAUUAGAUUGGCACCUUUGCCUUUGUACAAUAAUUUUGAAGAGACAUAUUUAGCAACCCGAAGACUCUUUGAAAUACUUGAGAAAAUCUCUAGUGAUUAUUAA